GCCCCAGAUCAGUGCACCAGUUUCUUCCUGAACAACGACCAGAGCUGUCUCCAGAUGAAUGAAUUUUCCUGGAAGGAUGUUACCAAUGCCUUGUCCCUGGCCAACCUGAUCCUGGGGCUCUUCUCCAUCUUCUGCAGCUUCUGCAAGAGAUGCCGCUGUGCCUCGUGGAUGCUUCUGAUCAGCUUCCUGUUAGACAUGGCAGUUGGGGCGAUAACCAGACACCUCAGCCUCUGCUCCAAGUCGGGAGUGGAGCUGAAUGACUUCGCGGUCUUCACCACUUUCGGCCUGGCCUCAGCCCUGCUGCUCCGUGUGGACGGGCCUCUGAGUGGGUUCCUGGCCGUCCUCUAUGUGCUAGCUGCUACUUUCCGCCUGUGUUUUUAUUCAACCGGCGCUCCGCGCGCGCACAGGGGCCUGCCCUGCCGCUACGCUUCCUGUGUCUUGGCCUCCACCUCCCUUCUGACCAAAGGCAACGCGUUCAUCCUCUCUUGCAUGGCCUCGCUUAUGAUUCUGUUCAUGUUGGACCAGAGCUACUACCCACACGAUGAGAUCCUGGAGUCCGAGAACUGGAAAAAAUUGGUUUAUCUGGGAGGUAUCAUCAUGCUGCUUUUGUCUCCAUUCUCCCUAACUGCGUUUUACUGCCUGCUGUGGUCACUGUCCUACAUCUUCUUUCCAGACGCUCUGUGGGGCAAGGCAGCAUGUCUCAGGCUACAGUGCCGAGAAAACUAA